AGCGCGAGCUUUAUUGAAAGAGGCCCCGUCACUAUAGAUGGGGCGCCCCUUAUUUUAUUGAAAACUCAAGGAAAGCUUUUAUAUGUAUUCUUGCGCUCAAGCAUGCGAUUCGAAGAAAGCAACAAGCGAGAAAAGCCCUUUCUAUUCUUGCUUGUUUAGUAAAGUCACGCUUUUCAUUUUGUUAGGAGUAGGUGCUAUCUGGGGCAGGGCACUCCUCAUUCUUCAUUCGAAACUAAUGAAUGUCCGGUCGGGGGUUUCUGCCUUAUUAUCAAAAAGGGAGUUGGGUAAAGCAAACUCCCUCCUUGGACGAGCACGAGGCUUAGUCAAGUAGAACCGGGUUGCGCUGCUUUAUGCUCCGAUCGAAAACAAAUCAAUGGGGCCAUGCCGGUACGACUGAAUAUGCGUUAGAAAGGUCAAUCCCUCCCCUACGACACCAAAAAAAACCGGGCCGAACUUCUAACAAGCCCGCCCGCUUACAUAGAACAAUAUCGUGGCAACGUAGACCUAAGUGGUAUCAUAUUGGAUCCUUGGGAACCAUCACAAGGACGGCCGGCCUAUAUUUGAACGAGAAUGCCGUGUCGUCCAGCGGAGCCUAGAAGAAGGUGACUCGCGCAGACAGCUGACUCUUUUUCAAUAGAAAGGAAUAGCCAAACCAAGUCAGCUGUCUGGUCAAUCUCAGAGAUCUUAUCGGCCGGCAAACUGGAGAUGGACGACCACGAUCCCGACCUUACCAGCACCAGAGGUGUACUAAUCAAUGAACCCCCGAAACCUACUUUUCUGACAAAAUCAACCAAGCGUCACGACAUGUUGUUGAUAUUGAUUGAGUUUGAGGGACUUUCGCUGACUGAAUUCAUCCAUAAACCCAGACCCCCGUAACCUUCGUAACCAAAGCGUCACGACAACAUUCAAAGGCACCUUUUGGAUUAAAAAGUAGGGGGGCGGAGGAGCACGUAGGAAUGCCGACCACUACUUAAGCCACUUGUGGCUGAGAGAAAGCGAGCCGUCGUAUAGGUUGUUCGGAGCGUCGAAGAAGCGAGCCCCUAUCAGAGAAAGCCAUUGCGCGCUAGCCUAGCUAGCUAGCCUUUUUCAGCUCAGCUGGCUAUUAUGUUAGUUGUAGCCCGCCUUCCCUCCUUCUCUCAUUUCGGAAAGAUUUUGCUUUCUUAUGAUGACCUGGUCGAGGGAGUACGAUACAUCGGUGUAAAAGAUUGAGUGGGACCUGUGAGGUUGGUCACGGGGCAGCUGACCGAAAGGAAAGCGGGUAGGCAAUUCCUAUUUCAUGAUUUUUCUUUUUUUUCCGGUAUUCCGCUCCACGAGCAGAGCGAAUGAACCCAGUGGGCUGUGGUGAUGUUAGAAUUUGCACCUAUUUGUAUCUAUUUAGUGAUCAGUCUGCUAGUUUCUUUGAUCUUACUCGGUCUUCCUUUUCUAUUUGCUUCCCCUAGUUCGACCUAUCCAGAAAAAUUGUCGGCCUACGAAUGUGGUUUCGACCCUUUCGGUGAUGCCAGAAGUCGUUUCGAUAUACGAUUUUAUCUUGUUUCCAUUUUAUUUAUUAUCUUUGAUCUGGAAGUAACCUUUUUCUUUCCUUGGGCAGUCUCUCUCAACAAGAUUGAUCUGUUUGGAUUUUGGUCCAUGAUGGCCUUUUUAUUGAUUUUGACGAUUGGAUUUCUCUAUGAAUGGAAAAGGGGUGCUUUGGAUUGGGAGUAAUCACUAGUGAUAGGGCAUAAGGGGAGAGGACAAGGUCAAGAGCGAUGCCUACUUUGUUUUUUCAAUCUAGAAUGGAUACUACUAUCCGUAUCGAGCUGCUUUACACCCAGAACCAUGCCGAUUGUUUUUUCAUUUUAUUUGGUAUUAUUUUAAUAAUCUUUUUACUGAAAAAUAAAAA